AUGCUGCCGAUACUGUCACUCGCUACGGACCAUCUCCAUCUUGUUCGAUAUCUACCCGAUCAUGCCGCCAUACAACGAGGUUCGCAGGCAAUCGCAGGACCUAUUGGACCUUUCUUGACACUCGCAUCCGCAUAUCUCAGCGAGCAUGGCUAUUCGAUACUCUCACUGAUCACUUGUCUCUUAAUUGGUGGGCUGGUUGGCUUCUGCUUCAGCGAGUCUUCAAAGACUGGAACCAUCAUCGUUGGCGACUGGACAAGAGGUCGCACGCAGAAGACUCGCAUGGCGAUGCCCCGCGUGCCAGUAACGUCACGCAAGAAGAACCAUUGGAAAGAGGAGCUGGCGAUCAAGAAUGCUCGGAUCAAAAGUCUUCAGUCUGAUGUGAAUGAGGAGAAGCGCCACAGUGCUUACGUUGAGGGCGAAUUGGUUGACUUGAGUGCUCAGCUGCGUCAAAAAGACAUUCUGAUGGCAGCCUGCAACCAAAAUAUCGAGACACAGAACCAGGAGCUGGCAGCUCUACGUAGCGUUCACGAGCAUGCGACACAGCGUCUGACGGAGACUAUCACUGACUUGGGAAAUCAUCUGGCGGAGAGCAUCAUUGCCACGGAAGAGCAAGCCAAGCGAAUGCACACCGAAGCUAAUGUCCUCGUUCACGAGAGAGACGCUGCGCUGAAGGCGGCUCGGAAAGCAAAGCACGACCUGGAGAGCUUCUACUGCAGCAAAGAGCUCCGCGGGUACACGUACACGUCCACAAGAGAACAUCACAGGCAACAAACAUACAUCUCAUCCCUCGAAGGCAGAGUCCAGAAUCUCUCGGAAGUCUUGAGCGCAGAAAGGGAACAAAAGUAG